CAUGACUGACAAGACUCCCCAGAAGACUCACUUAAAUGUUGUGAUUAUUGGCCAUGUCGACUCUGGCAAAUCCACCACCACGGGGCACCUCAUCUACAAGUGUGGGGGGUUUGAUCCCCGGGCCCUGGAGAAGGUGGAGGCAGCUGCCGCUCAGCUUGGCAAGGGCUCCUUCAAGUUUGCGUGGAUCCUGGACAAGCUGAAGGCAGAGCGGGAGCGAGGGAUCACCAUUGACAUCUCCCUGUGGAAGUUUCAGACCAACCGGUUCACCAUCACCAUAAUCGAUGCCCCGGGGCACAGGGACUUCAUUAAGAACAUGAUUACGGGCACCUCUCAGGCAGAUGUUGCCCUGCUGGUGGUCUCUGCGGCCACAGGAGAAUUUGAGGCCGGUGUGUCCAGAAAUGGGCAAACGAGGGAACACGCGCUUCUGGCCUACACCAUGGGGGUCAAGCAAAUGAUCGUCUGCGUCAACAAAAUGGAUCUAACGGACCCUCCCUACAGCCACAAGAGGUUUGAUGAAGUUGUCCGGAAUGUGACGGUCUAUCUGAAAAAGAUUGGGUACAACCCAACGACUAUCCCCUUUGUACCCGUGUCCGGCUGGACGGGAGAGAAUAUAUCUUCGCCCAGUCAAAAGAUGGGUUGGUUCAAAGGUUGGAAGGUGAAACGAAAAGAUGGCUUUACUAAGGGUCAGUCCCUCCUGGAGGUUCUGGAUGCCCUAGUUCCUCCAGUGCGUCCAGCAAAUAAGCCUCUGCGGCUCCCCCUGCAGGAUGUAUACAAGAUAGGGGGCAUUGGAACAGUCCCUGUGGGCAAGAUAGAAACUGGGAUUCUCAAGCCCGGGAUGACCAUCACCUUUGCCCCGUCCGGCUUUGCGGCCGAAGUGAAAUCCAUAGAAAUGCACCACGAGCCGCUCCAGACGGCCUUCCCAGGGUUCAACGUUGGAUUCAACGUCAAGAACAUUGCGGUGAAGAGUCUAAAGCGUGGCAACGUGGCGGGAAACUCGAAGAGCGACCCACCGACCGAGGCCUCCAGCUUCACUGCCCAGGUGAUCAUUCUGAACCACCCGGGCCUUAUCAAGGCGGGCUACUCGCCGGUUAUCGACUGCCACACUGCGCACAUCACGUGCCAGUUUACGGAACUUCAGGAAAAGAUUGACCGGCGGACGGGUAAGAAACUGGAGGACAACCCAGGGGUGCUGAAGUCUGGAGAUGCCGCCAUCAUAACCCUGAAGCCAAUCAAGCCCUUCUGCGUGGAGAGGUUCUUCGAUUAUCCGCCUCUGGGGAGGUUUGCGGCGCGGGACCUAAAACAGACGGUUGCGGUUGGGGUUGUGAAGUCGGUGGAGCACAAAGCUGGAGCCGCGGCCAGGAGACAAGCCCAAAAGCCGGUGCUGGUGAAAUGACUUUCCUGAGACCGAGGGGAACCCACAAGCACUUAGAGCCGGAGCAGGCCACUAUGUUGUGUUGGUUGUUACAGUUGUACAUGGCAGUGAAUGGCAAACUGUUGUGUAAAUAAACUGUUAAAGUAGCA